AUGGAUUUUAUGUCGUCCAAAAAUGGGUCAUUGCUUUCUCCAAGUGCUAAUACUAGAUAUCAGGCUACUGCAACUUCAGGACAAAGAGAGAGAGAAAUAGUUGAGCUGUUCCGGAAAGUUCAAGCACAAUUACGAGAGCGGGCUGCAAUCAAGGAAGAGAAGAAGAUUGCAGCUGCACAACAGGGUCAAAGCAAGAAGGGAACUGUCGCUUCGGUUCUCAAAUUAUUAAGGAGGCAUUCAGGGGAUCAGAAGAAGACAACUAGUCAAGGAGAGGAAUUUUCUGUUGAACAAGUAGAAAGAAGCAACACAUUUGAGGAUGAGCAGAAUAUAAAUCCCUUUGGCCCUAGUGAUAGCAAGUCAGAGGAGUCUGAUGUACCUCUUCCUUCUGCUAGGCCUGCCUCAAAUUUUAGUAGAAAAUCUCCUGUUCCUAGAAUGGAGUUGCAACCUGUACUUUCUGCAGAGGAGGAUAUCAACUCUGCUCCUUCCGAGCCACGAGGGGGAAGGAAGAAGACUGGCGAUUAUGAGUCUGUGCAAUCAGCACCUGUGGAGUCUGUUGUGUUGGAUGGUCCAGAUGAGUUAUCAUCAGAUGAUCAGUUGGAUCCUUCUGGUUCUGAUGAAACUAUAGAAUCAUCUUCUACCGAAGCUUCUCCUGAUUUGGGUUCCUUGAAACUUUCAGAAUUGAGGGAUCUUGCAAGGUAUCGAGGGGUCAAAGGAUAUUCCAAACUCAAGAAAGGAGAACUGGCAGAAUUAUUGAGUGCUUGA